AUGCCUCUGCAAUACCCGCUUUUGUUCCCUUUUGGUGAGGAAGGUUGGUCUCCCCGUUUGAAGCUUGCGAAUCAGAGAGGUGCAAAUGCUCAGAAUCUAACCGUGAAUAUGUAUUACGCAUAUCAUAUCCAUGCCCGCCAGCAUAUAUGGUCUCCAAUUAUCAGCUCAUCACGUCUCUUUCAGCAAUAUCUGGUAGAUGUGUAUACGUGUAUAGAGGAAAGUCGUUUGGAUUACAUUGUCAGACAUCAAUCAAAUCUUCGUUCGGAUUAUGUGAGUGGCCUGUACGAUGCGCUUUCUAAGGGUGAUAGAGAUGCAGGGUCUAUUGGAAAACGGAUUUUUUUGCCAGCAUCAUUCACUGGAGGUCCCCGUUUCAUGUACAGUCAUUAUCUAGACGCUUUAUCCAUAUGUAGAGUGUAUGGGAAUCCACAGUACUUUAUCACCUUUAUAUGCAAUGUCAAAUGGCCAAAGAUCACCCGGUAUAUGGAUACACAUCACCAAACCGAUACGCAUAGUAGAGCAGACAUAAUAAGUCGAGUGUUCAAUAUAAAAGUUUGUGAAUUCAUCCAGUUUCUUAAAGAGGACAAAACCUUUGGCGAUGUUGAAGCAUAUCUUUACACUAUUGAAUUCCAAAAAAGAGGCCUUCCACAUUGUCAUACAUUACUGUGGGUAUCAACAAAGGACCGUAUAAAAAAUGCAAGCGACGUUGAUAACUAUAUAACUGCCGAGCUACCGGAUCCAGUUAAUGAGUCAAAUUUGUACAAUACCAUAACAACUUGUAUGAUCCACGGUCCAUGCGGACCACUUAACCAAAAGGCAGCAUGUAUGAAGGAAGGAAAAUGUAAUAAACACUUUCCUAAACCGUUUCUCGAUGCAACUUUUUUUGACACAGAUGGAUACGUACAUUACAAACGCAAUCCAACUGCACACCACACUACUCAAUUUGGACAGAUUCUUGAUAAUGGAUACAUUGUACCAUACAACAAAAGACUAUGUUCACGGUUCCGUGCACAUAUAAAUGUUGAGUAUUGUGGAUGGAGCAUGUUGAUUAAGUAUCUGUUUAAGUACAUUUCCAAAGGUGCAAAUCGUGUAAAAUAUACCAUCCAAAAACAGGGAAAUACCGAUAUUGCAUCUACCUCAUUGCCUACUGCCAUUCAUCAGAGAGGGACGAAUCAUGAUUGUCGUCCAAUAAAUGAGGUACAAAAUUAUGUGGAUGGCCGGUAUAUCUAUCCACAUGAGGCAGCGUGGCGGAUAUUAGAUUUUCACAUACAUCGUCGAUAUCCACCGGUUCAGGUUCUUACGAUUCAUGAAGAAAAUAUGCAACAAAUCGUCUUUAAUGGGGACAGUUCCAUACCUUAG